AUGACACUUGGCAUUGAUGAAAUUGCUAGGUUGGCAGCGGAAGAAGCGAAGAAAGAACAAAAUCAAACAGACGAUGGAUUUGGUCUUGGAACUGGACGAAGAACACAGCUUAAUUCAUCAAAAGAAAAAGGCCCAACAUCGUUGUUCAUAUUCAGCGAGGAUAAUAUCAUUCGACGAAAUGCUCGAGCUAUCAUUGAAUGGGGACCCUUCGAAUAUUUCAUCCUUCUUACUAUCAUCGGAAAUUGUGUGGUACUUGCGCUCGAGCAACAUCUUCCAAAAAAUGAUAAAAUGCCACUUGCUGAAAUGUUGGAACAUACGGAACCAUAUUUCAUGGGCAUUUUUUGUUUUGAAUUUUUAUUAAAAGUAAUAGCAUUUGGAUUUGUCCUUCAUAAAGGAUCAUACCUCCGUUCAGGAUGGAAUAUCAUGGAUUUUAUUGUUGUUGCUUCCGGAGUAGUAACAAUGAUGCCUUUUACAUCAUCGGAUGGCGAAGGCCGAGGUUCGGUGGAUUUAAGGACACUUCGUGCUGUUCGUGUUCUCAGGCCACUGAAACUUGUCUCCGGUAUACCAAGUUUACAAGUAGUUUUAAAAUCAAUACUGUAUGCGAUGGCGCCAUUGUUGCAAAUUGGCUUAUUAGUCCUAUUUGCUAUCGUUAUAUUUGCAAUUAUUGGAUUAGAAUUUUAUUCCGGUAUAUUCCAUUCCGCAUGUUAUAAUGCACAUGGUGAAAUUGAAAAUCUUAGUGAUCGUCCAUUUCCAUGCUCGAAUAAAUCAGCAGCAACGGGUGCAUAUAAUUGUGAGGUUGAGGGUACAGUAUGCCUUACUCAAUGGAUUGGACCGAAUUAUGGUAUCACUUCAUUUGAUAAUAUUGCAUUUGCUAUGAUUACUGUAUUCCAGUGUAUUACUAUGGAGGGAUGGACCACUGUAAUGUAUUAUACAAAUGAUUCACUUGGUAGUACCUAUAAUUGGGCUUAUUUUAUACCUCUAAUUGUUCUUGGUUCUUUUUUUAUGCUCAAUUUGGUCCUUGGUGUCCUGUCCGGUGAAUUUGCGAAAGAACGUGAAAGAGUUGAAAAUCGUCGAGAAUUCCUAAAAUUACGUAGACAACAACAAAUUGAACGUGAAUUAAACGGUUAUCUAGAGUGGAUUUUAACCGCUGAAGAGGUGAUUUUAAAAGAGGAACGAACAACGGAAGAAGAAAAAGCAGCUAUUAUGGAAGCACGACGACGAACUGCGGCGAAAAAAUUGAAGCAAGCAAAUAAGCGUCAAAGUACUGAAACAGAAGAGGACAUUGAGGAAGAAGAUGAAGAUGAGGAUGAUUAUCUAAAUGAAGAAAGUGAAGGUAAAAGAGCAAAACGAACUUUUUGGGGAUCAAUAUGCAAGAAGGUGCGACAUAUGAGGGUUCAAAUGCGACUUAUUGUAAAAAGUCAGGUGUUUUAUUGGCUUGUUAUAACAUUAGUCUUUCUCAAUACUGCCUGCGUUGCUUCAGAGCAUUACGGUCAACCGGAAUGGUUUACGGAAUUUCUAAAAUACGCAGAAUAUGUAUUUUCGGGGAUAUUUAUAUGUGAAAUGCUAAUGAAACUAUUUGCAAUGGGUCAUCGUGUUUAUUUUGCAUCAAAAUUUAAUCGUUUCGAUUGCAUUGUUAUUGUUGGCAGUGCUUUUGAAGUAAUUUGGGCAGAAUUAAAGGGUGGCUCCUUUGGUAUUUCCGUACUUCGAGCCUUACGACUACUGCGCAUCUUUAAGCUCACUUCGUACUGGGUAUCAUUACGUAACCUUGUACGUUCACUUAUGAAUUCAAUGCGUUCUAUCCUCUCACUAUUAUUCCUUCUAUUCUUAUUCAUUCUUAUUUUUGCCUUAUUGGGUAUGCAACUAUUCGGCGGGAAAUUUAGCUUUCCGUCCGGACAUCCCUAUACUCAUUUUGAUACGUUUCCGGUGGCCUUAAUCACAGUCUUCCAGAUAUUAACCGGAGAGGAUUGGAAUGAAGUAAUGUAUUUAGCAAUUGAAUCACAGGGUGGUAUAUAUGGUGGUGGUAUGGUAUAUUGCAUAUAUUUCAUUGUGCUCGUACUUUUUGGCAAUUACACACUGCUAAAUGUUUUCUUGGCUAUCGCUGUGGAUAAUUUAGCAAAUGCGCAAGAAUUAACAGCAGCUGAGGAAGCGGAUGAACGAGCUAACGAGUUGCCGGAUGAUUCGGAAAGUGUUGAUGAACAGGAUAGUGAACAAUGCGCCAUCGAUAUGGAAGGUAAAGCAGAUGGGAAUAUAUUGGAAAUGCAACAUGAAAUAGAUGAGGAGUAUGAAGAAGAAGAGAGUCCCUUUGGUGGUCCACGACCAAUUGUACCAUUCUCUUCAAUGUUUAUUUUUUCAUCAACAAAUCCAUUUCGUGUAUUGGUACAUUCAGUGGUAUCAACGAAAUAUUUCGAAAUGUUAGUAAUGGGCGUAAUAUGCUUUUCCAGUAUAGCGCUUUCAGCGGAAGAUCCAGUCGAUGAGGAUGCUCCGAGAAAUAAAGUGCUUCAAUACAUGGAUUACUGCUUUACGGGUGUUUUUGCUUUGGAAAUGUGCCUUAAAUUAAUAGACCAAGGAGUAUUACUACAUCCAGGCUCAUAUUGUCGUGAUUUUUGGAAUUUACUUGAUGGUAUUGUCGUCUUCUGUGCUCUUGUUGCUUUUUCAUUUGCUGGAGCUGAGGGUUCAGCUGGCAAAAAUUUGAAUACUAUCAAAUCAUUAAGAGUAUUACGUGUUUUAAGGCCACUUAAAACGAUCAAACGAAUACCUAAAUUAAAGGCAGUGUUCGACUGUGUAGUAAAUUCGCUUAAAAAUGUAUUCAAUAUUCUUAUCGUUUACAUUUUAUUUCAAUUUAUCUUUGGUGUAAUAGCAGUACAACUAUUCAAAGGGAAAUUUUUCUAUUGCACGGAUAAAACGAAACGUUUCGCACGUGAAUGUCACGGACAGUAUUUUGUCUUUGAAAGUCCGGAUGAUUUGCCGCAUGUUGAAACACGUGAAUGGCGUUUACGUCCAUUUAAUUAUGAUAAUACAGUGAAUGCAAUGUUAACAUUAUUUGUUGUUACAACAGGAGAAGGAUGGCCAAGUAUUCGGCAAAAUUCGAUGGAUACUACCGAAGAAGAUGAAGGACCAUUACCAUUUUAUAGAGUCGAGAUGGCACUAUUUUAUGUUAUGUUUUUCAUCGUAUUUCCAUUUUUCUUCGUAAAUAUCUUUGUUGCAUUGAUUAUUAUUACAUUUCAAGAGCAAGGUGAAGCAGAACUUUCAGAAGGUGAUCUAGAUAAGAACCAGAAGCAAUGUAUUGAUUUUGCGCUAAAUGCUCGUCCACGAUCAUUAUUUAUGCCAGAAGAUAAGAAUUCGAUGAAAUAUCGGAUUUGGCGUCUUGUUACUUCAACUCCAUUUGAAUAUUUCAUUAUGGCAAUGAUUUGUUGCAAUACAAUCAUUUUAAUGAUGAAGUUUCAUGGAAAUUCUGAAUUUUACGAAAAAAUUUUGCGUUUUUUUAAUACGGCACUAACGGCAAUAUUUACAGUGGAAUCAGUCUUGAAAAUAUUAGCGUUUGGUGUUCGAAAUUAUUUCCGCGAUGGUUGGAAUCGUUUCGAUUUUAUCACUGUGGUUGGCUCUAUCACCGAUGCAUUGGUCACUGAAUUUGGUGGUCACUUUGUAUCGCUCGGAUUUUUGCGUCUUUUUCGUGCCGCUCGUCUAAUUAGGCUUCUACAACAGGGAUACACUAUAAGAAUAUUGUUGUGGACAUUUGUUCAAUCUUUUAAAGCCUUACCAUAUGUUUGCUUACUAAUUGGAAUGCUUUUUUUCAUCUAUGCUAUUGUUGGGAUGCAGGUAUUUGGUAAUAUUUGGUUGGAUGCAACUACCGAAUAUAACAGACAUAAUAAUUUCCAAUCAUUCUUUAAUUCAAUCAUUCUUCUUUUUCGGUGUUCCACAGGUGAAGCUUGGCAAGAUAUAAUGAUGGCAUGUACGGCAGGGAAAUAUUGCGCAAAACCGAAUUCAUUUGAAAUUAAUUUAGCUAAAGGACCAACUUGUGGUACUCAAAUGUCUUACGUAUAUUUCACAACAUUCGUCUUUUUGUCAUCAUUUUUGAUGUUAAAUUUGUUUGUUGCUGUAAUAAUGGAUAAUUUUGAUUAUUUAACUCGUGAUAGUUCAAUUCUUGGACCUCAUCAUUUGGAUGAAUUUGUUCGAGUUUGGGCUGAUUAUGAUCCAGCUGCAACCGGACGAAUUCAUUACACGGAUAUGUACGAAAUGUUGCGUAACAUUACGCCACCAGUUGGAUUUGGCCGUAAGUGUCCAUAUCGUUUGGCCUACAAACAUUUGAUACGAAUGAAUAUGCCAGUAGCAGAUGAUGGCACUGUGCAUUUCACGACAACAUUGUUUGCAUUGAUUCGGGAAUCACUUAGUAUUAAAAUGAGACCUGUGGAAGAAAUGGAUGAGGCAGACGAGGAGUUACGCCAAACUUUACGGAAAAUAUGGCCAUUAAAAGCAAAAAAGAAUAUAAUAGAUUUGGUAGUACCACCAAAUACAGAAUUAUGCUAUCAAAAAUUAACCGUUGGGAAACUUUACACAGGCUUACUAAUCCUUGAAAAUUACCGAGCCAAGAAAUCAGGAGUUGAGUUGGCCAAACGUAAACGGCAAAGAGCCGCACUUCUGCUUAUGACUCAUCGUCAUACAUUAUUUUUAUUGGAUGACGAAAAAGAGAGGCCUUAUUCGUUGUUUUCUACAUUGGUCGAUACAAUCAAAGCUGUGAAAACGGAUAGUACUGAAAAUUCACCGAAUAGUCCAGUAUCGCGUAAACGAAGUCUUAUAAUUUCUGAUAAACCAACUGUUGGUCGUCGUCUUUCGGGAAUUAUCUCAAAAAUACGUAGCCGAGAAAGUAGCAUAAACAACAAUGAUCCAUCACAACAGCGUUAUUCAAAUGGUGGAAUAUUCUUGAGUGUCUAUGAUAAAAACAAUGCCACUUAUGAUGAGAUACAACAAUUGAUACCAGAGGAACGAUCACAUAAGGAUUUGUCAAAUUAUCCACGUAAAACUCGUUCAAAUUCGCCAGCUGAUCAUUUUUAUCGACGAGGUCUUUCACAUUCUCCAGAAAGUUCACCGUCACAUUCCAACUAUAGUCGACAAAUGUCACGGAAUUGUAAUUCACCUACACGCUUGAACAAUUUCAUAAAGCUACGAGGUGAGGGAUAUCCAAGUCCACGUGUACCACCUCAUCGAUCAACAUAUGAUGAUAAUGGUGAUAACGAUAAUGACAACAAAAGUUUAUCAUUAGUUGAUGGUUAUUUGCCAAACCGGCUGCGACGAUUAUCACCAACGCGUCCAGCUCAUGUGAAUCAGCGGAUUUAUUCAGGUACACCAUCACCUCAAAUGCUUACGGAUGAUGAUGAACCAAUGCCAAGUGCAGUACGCCAACGAAGACUUCCAUUAAUUGGUGCAUUACCUCCGUCAGCGCCAUUACGUUCACCUGAACAUUACAUAAGUCCGUAUCAUACGGCACGAAGUGAUUUCAACACAGCUAGCGGUGCUCCACCGUCUGUUUACUAUACGCCUGCUGAUGAUAUACCAUCACCAUCUCCCAGUUCUGCAUAUAAUUUCCCAUUUUAUGGACAAAGUGGUAGCUACGGACACCAUUUAUCAACUGGAUAUGGUUGGAGAACAUCAUCUGUUACCGUUGGUUACCAUGGUAAUAAUAUUAGCCCGUAUAGCCGAACACCUAAUAGUGCAGGUAAUAGUGCACCAACGGUAAUUUAUGCCGGUAAUCGAUUACGACCAAUGAUACGAGUGAUACGAGCUCAGCCAGGUAAUGUACCACUCAGCGAUUCUGAUAACGAUGAACCAAAAUGGGCUGUUGUUUAA